GCUGAGAACCAAUGUCUCCCGUCGGAGAUGGCACCCCCAGCCUCCUCCUGCAACAAGUAAAGGCAGGCCAGAGAGGCUCCUGGGAGGAGGAGGAGGAGGAGGAAGAGGAGGAGGGAUGGGGAGAGAGAGUGAGAGAGAGAGAGGGAGAGAGAGAGAGAGAGAGAGAGAGAGAGAGAGAGAGAGAGAGAGAGAGAGAGAGAGGUGGAGAUAAUACAGUGGGAUUGUCGGAGGACAGAAGAGCAGAGAGAGAAACCAUUUCUCUUCUCUCUCUGCUUUUCAUUCAGCGUCUCGUCUGGUCUCUGCUCCCCCGACGACCUUUCUGAUUCUGCUCCACUGGGAUUUUGUUUCUCGUGGAGUCCGACACAAACUUAAGGAAAAGAAGAAAAAGAAGAAGAGGAGUGAACUGUGAAGGAGGAACAGGCCAUGGCCUCCUGGUUCAGCUGGAAUGAGCCUUACUACCGGAGCCCCCGGCGGGACCCGGCAGACGUGGUCACCGACACCCUGAUGCUGGAGUUCAGCUGGCAGCUGAAGGAGGCCGAGAGGCAGCAGAAGGAGAGGGAGAGCGAGUACCGGCGCCUCAAGACCGGGGUGGACUACAGCUGGCUGGCCAGCACGCCUCGCUCCUCCUACAGCAUCACCACCGGCGAGAGGCUCAGCCUGGAGGACAUCUGCUCCAAGGUGCCGCCCUCCUGCUGCGGCCUGGUCAUUCUCAAGUUCAGGGAGGCCAUGCAGGCCAACGAGCCCGAGGUGCAGGAGGUGUCGGGCCUGUUCCGCUCCGUCCUCCUCGAGGCUCUGGACCACCUGAAGGAGGAGCAGGAGGCGCAGCGGCUCGCCCGCCAGUGGAACAACAAACGUGCCAUGAGCGUGUCCCUCGUGAACUUCAGGUCCCGGAUCAAGAUCAACCCCUUCGGCAGCACGGUGGGCCUGACCUCCUCUGCGGCCGAGGGCGCCGGGCUGAGCGACCUCAAGACGGUGUCCGAGGACGUGGAGAGAGGGAGGGAGAAGGAGCAGCGGGUGUGGAGCAUGCCCGACUUCAGGUACAAAGGAGCCAGCAGUAACAAGGUUGUUUGACAGUGGGGCCUUCAAGAGACGACAUUUUGAGGCGGGACAGAUGCUGACCUCCUGACCUCUGCUGCUGAACGUCCAGUUUGCAUCAGGCGACGGAGGAAGAGUCCCAUCAUCCUCCUGUUCUCUCAGUAUGAGAACACUCAGCAUUUCAUCUGCUGAAAGGAGGAUGUCAGAGCUUCUGUCACUGGACUUAACACUUGAAGGCGUUUCAAGGUUUCAGGAGAUAAUCACCUCUUCAUAUUUUGUAGAUUCUUUGCAUCUGAGCACUAAGAGAUAUUUACUGUAGCUUGGUUCCGAUGUUUAUCUCAUUUAAAGUCUUUCAUGUUGCAGGAGAAAAUGAUUGUGUUAAAUCAGACGACACGAAAUGCCUGAGAGGGGAAUGAUCUCCGAGGACAGAAUGUUUUGCAUGAGAUUUCUGUGUAUGUUGUUCAUCCAGUCAAAUUAUAGAUAAUAAUUCAUUUCCAACAUCAUUCAGAGACUGAGUCAUACUCUCUCCACUUUCUGUUCUCACUGCAGCAGCAGCACAGGGACUCUGCACAAUAAUCCAUGAUCCAAGGUCAACAAACUGAAAGCUUUCAUUCAGUGUUCUUCAUUUGUGUCUGAAAGGAAAAGACACAAAGAAACCAUCCCUAAAUGAUAUCAGAUAUUUUUUAAACCAAACAUUUCAUAGCAAAAUCUUUCCAGCAGUUUAUUGCUGAUUCUUGUCUAUCACACAGUAAAGUUCAACAGUACACGACACGUUUACUCCAUCCUUCAUAUAAAGCUUCCGAAUGGUUUGAUACAACGAGGGCGAAAUGGUGACUGUGUUUUGUUUUUCAGUUUAAUAAAAUAACUGAUACAUAACAGAAGUGACAGAAAUUGGGGAAUGAAUGUCAUGAGUUUGUCGUACAGUCAUCAAACACAACAUACGGGUAAGUUCUCCUCAUUUUAAACAGAAUGUACACAUCAAAAAGUAGAAUAUCAGUUCACACUGAUAACAGUGUGGUUCCCAUGGCCGAGUUUUACUGUGGAAACAUGACAUUGAGUUUCCUAAUAAAAAAAUACACAGUCCUAUACGUAGUAAAGUUGACGUAGUAAAGUAAGUGUUAGAAAUGAUUUUACUCUUUAAAGGAGAACUUCACCAAUUUUACACAUUAGCGUCUGUUUACGGGUCAUGAGAACUGAUGCAUGGAGGUCGUGUGGAAUCGGAUACAUUCGUACAAAUUAUAUGAUCCGUGUCAGCACCAGCAAAAACUGAAAAUUUGAAUAAUCUGGUGGUGGGAUCUCUGUAGCUUGGUCUGGACGGGGAUUUCUGACCCCCGCCUGAUGGGUCAGUGAAAGGUCGGACGCUCAGGUUGGGUUCGGACACACAAAACUGAUUUCCUGUCAGGUUAGAGUCGUUUACUUUUCUCCUCUGUUCGGACAGAAGAAUGUCACACUCAUUAUCUCUGCAUGUAGCUUGAGGUGCGAGGCCACAUUCGCCAUUUCUAGUUUGAAUAACAUAUCCAAUCUUCUCGAUCCAAAACUUUGAGAGGCCGAGUUACAAUGUGGGUAGCUAAGGUUUUGACAAUGAAGAAAUAUCAAUAACUUUUGCUUUGCAGCAAAAAGUUUGAUAAUUGAAAUAAACUGUUGAGUCUGAAGAAGUUAGUACAAUACUAAAUUGGUGGAGUCCUCUUUUAAAGCAGUGACCGAAUGUUAAACCACAUGUAAAGUUAUUACCUGGCUGAUGAGCCACUUUCACCUUCAUAUGAUCCAUUAGGCCACAGAUAAAAUUUCAGAUAACACCGCUCAACAUUUUCUCAUGUCUCAUGUCACAAACACUACCAGAGUAAAAGCUGAAGAAUUGGGCGUCUGGACAUCAGCGUCUCACUUCGCUGCGAGAACAGCAGCUCCUUCCCCUCCGUCCAGCUCAGUGCUGCCCCCAUGUGUUCAUUCAAGUUGUAUUCAUCAUCUCUUCCACAGAAAAAAACGUGACAUUGUUGUUGUCCUGCACUGCUCAGUCGUUGUUUCCUGAGUUCUGCUGACGUGCCUGAGCCUGACCACCACUUGUGGCGCACACAGUGGCAUCACACAGUGGAGUUCAAGAAGUCGAGAAGUUCUGCCCGAUUCUUAUCCCGCUAAAACAGAGAAGAAAAGGCAGAUGUGAGCCAAGACAAACGAUAAAUUCACAAACAAUACAAAGACAACUUCAGUCACUUCCUCGACAGAUUACCUGUUUGUCUUUCUUUGACUUCUUAACCUUCAUCUUGAUCUUCUUCCCUGAGAUCAUGCUGUACUUGCCUUUUUUCCUCUCCUUCAAGUACUGAAAGAAAAACAAAGGUAUGAAAAAGAAUUGCCUGGAUGUUCUCAAUUCAAUGUGUAGCAUUGCAACAUGCUCAUCUCUAUCAGCAGGACUGGACUUCUAAAUCCUACCAAAUCCCAUUAAAUGGCUUUGAGAUAAGAAAAGAA